CAUCAGGUUUUUACGAAUCCGCCGUUAUUAUAUUGAUCAAGCUUUGACACGCUAACGUUAUAACUUAUGGUUGAUAGGUGUUGCAAUUAAGGAUUAACGAUGGCUACCUCUAGUUCACUGACUCCUAUAGGUUCUUGGAGUGGAAGAAAACAUUCAGGGAGGAAACUUCACAAAAAUAAAGAAAAUAGAUGCUUAAGCAAGCUAUCCCGGAAGUACCAAACUCUACAUCAAGGAGAAUCUCCAAGUAGGGUCAGUCCAACUGUGAAAACCAUGUCUCCAAGCCCUGUGUUUGAAACAACACCGCAAAUGAGAAAAUCUGUGGAAUUGUUCUCAGUGCUUUACAAUGAGUUUUUAAAAUCUACAUCCAUUGAGACUUCUUGUGGUUCAGAAGCAGAUAAGCUAAAUUUGGAAGCCAUAAAAAACAUUUCUAAAGAAAAUGAAUGUUUACCCAAUGACUCUAAAAAUUCUCCAGUUCAGCAUUUGUCAAAAUCCUCAAUUAGUGAUAUUAAACUUUUAGAACCUAAAACAAAUAAAACAAGAAUAUCUUCUACUAAAUUGAGUGAAUCACAAGAUUCAUUGAGCAUAAAGAAUGUACUUAAGGAAUGUAACUUUACAACUACAAGUGCUGUAAAUGCUAAACAAUCAGGAUCAGAGGAUAUUUUCCUUGAGGAUUCACCUCUAAUGGAAUCUACAAGAAUUGAUUUCAGGCAGUGCACAAUACCAAGUUCAAAGAAGUUAUCUGUGGAUACUCAUGAAGGUUUAGUAGUUAACAAUGUGAAUGUUUUAUCCGACAAAGCAUUGAUUCACAAAAAACAUUUUAAAAAUGAUGAAGUCGGUGUUAACAGCUCUGUUUCUGGAAAGUCUUGCUUGCCUGGAAAAGUAAGUAAGACAAACAAUUCUAAAAAUGUUAUACAGUGUACAGAGCAUGAGAUGAAGGUAUUAGCUCAUACUGGCUCAAUUAUUGUUAUCUCAGACAGCGAGGAUGAAAAAACUAAAAAGCCAAACAAAGCCUGUCACGUAGGUGGAUCUUCAGAAAUGGCACUUUGUAGAAAGCUAUCAUUUAAGUCUUCCUCAAGUAGCCCUGAGACUAAUAACAUUUCAGAGGGAGUUGACAGCAACAGAAAACCACAAAGUGCAAUCCCUAAGAUGUUGAGCACAAGUAAUCCAAGCCAAGAAAAACCUGUCCAAAGUAAAGUAAACAAUAAGUCUUUAAAUAGGAAAGCCAAAUGUCAACCCAAAGUUACUCCUCAGCAGUGUUCUACAGCAUUGUCAAAAAUGAAGGUUCUUCAAGAUUUGUUUAGUAGUGAAGAUGACAGUCCUCCUCCUCUUUCUCACAGACUGAGAGGAUUAACUCCAUCAAAGAAACUUGAAGAUAAGCAAACAAGGCUUGAACAAAAUGGUAGAAUCUCUCAGAAACCUUUGACUACAUCUUUGAGUAGUUCUGGAUCUGAAGGUUCUUUACCCUCACAAAGGAGGCCAAAGAGUUCUUCAGAAAGUGAAGAAGAGUUUGAGAAAUUUUUGGACCGGAUGAAAACUCCAGCCAAAUAUUGCCCUUCAUCAUCAAGUGAUGAUAAUUUUAUUAAUGAUUCAACUGAAGAAGAUGAAAGCUUUGAAAAAGUGUUGCAUCUUGCUUUAUCUGAACGGGCUUUUGCUUCUUCCAAAGUGGGUCAUGAGCUGAGACAAGAGAGUUGUGGAGGUAUUUGUAAAACUGCAUUGACAAUUACAGGUCAGAAGAAGAAUGACAAAGUUUUUAGAUCCAACCCACUUGCAACAUGUCCUCGAGUUGGAAUAAAGAAGAUAAUCAAACAACGUAUAGAAAGCCCUAUUGUCCACGAUGAAGUUUUUUGUAAUCCCAAAAACAUUACUCCUGCACCUAAAAUAACUUCAAAUCGGUUCAACAAUGUUACCCCUUCUGUGAAAAGUGUCUCUCAUAGAGACUUGACGUCAAAAGAGAGUUUUAUUGCAUCAUUGUCAUCCUUUGUACCAGUAAACAAAGCAAAUUGUGAAGCUGUAGAUUUCAGAACUCAUUUCAAGUCCAAGAAAGAACAAUUAACCAAAAGGUUAUAUAAUAUGUACAAUGAAAAAGUUUUUAACAAUGAGCUUCCAUCUGACCUCAGCAUUACAUGGAAUCCCCGUUUAAGGAAGACUGCAGGUUGCUGCUACUAUAGAAAACAUUCCAGCUCAUUAAAUAGAGUAGCUAGAAUUGAGCUUGCUCCAAAAGUUAUAGAUUCUGCUGAUCGUCUUAGAGAUACAUUAAUUCACGAAUUGUGUCAUGCUGCAAGUUGGAUCAUUAAUGGUUAUCGGGAUGGACAUGGCCCUAUUUGGAAGACCUGGGCAAGGAAGGCAAGCUUGCAGUUUCCAGAACUUCCACCAAUAACUCGUUGUCAUGGUUAUGUUAUUCAAACCAAAUACACAUAUAGAUGUAUUCGUUGUGGAACCUGUGUUGGAAGACAUUCAAAGUCUUUAGAUGUCAACAGUAAAGUAUGUGGCCGUUGUGGUGGUAAAUUUGAAUUGCUGGUGAAUGGAAAGUUAAACUCAGCCUCCAAGACACCAAGUGGUUUUGCUCUCUAUGUGAAAGAAAAUUAUGGAUCUUUGAAAAAAACCAAUCAGCAUUUGAAACAUGCUGAAAUCAUGAGGUUACUAGGUUUGGACUUCUCAUCAAAAGCAAAGAUUGUAGACUGAAUUAAUACUGUACAUGUUUUUUACCGUGCAUUUGACAAGAAAGAUUGAAUUUUUCUGAGAUCAUUGUAAUACAAGAGAUUUAAUCAUGUCUAUUUGAAUUUAAUAUUAAUGAAAUAAAACUUUUAGGUAUGUUAAAUAAUUAGAUGUCUUUAUACCUACCUUAACAGUAUUAAAAACAUUGUUAUUUUAAUGUGUAGGUGUGUUUUGUCAAGUACAUAUUUACAAGUAAUUAAUUCUUUUUUAAUCUGUGGUAUUUACCUAAUGACGUGGAAAGAACCAUGUUUAAAGAAUUAAAUUGCUGGGAUUAUUAAUAAGUGAAAAGAAUGAAGCAUUUAAACAUUAGAUAUAAAUUGUUCAAGUGUAAAGAUAAACUAGUAGUUCUUUUACCAGAUGUUAAGCUGUUUGUUUUGUGAUGUUAUUAACAAGAUAACAUAAAUCAAAGCUAAAAAUUAAAUAAUAUACAUUUUGCUGUCCAGAUUCUUUCAAUUAAAUUUAUUUUGAAAAUUAUUUUGAGGUUUAGAAUUUUUUUUAAAGUUAAAUAACACCUUAAAAGAUUUGAGAAAAUAUAAUAGUAAAGAAAGCAUUUUGUUAGAACUGCACAACUAGGAACAACAUUCAGUAGGUUUGAUGCAAAAGCAAUACUUUAUGCACUUAAUAUGAAAAUUAUGGGGAUUUGAACUCUUUUUGUGUAUUUAUAUAUAUAUAUAUCUAAUUCUUAUGUAAUUGGUUAAGUAAUGCAAAACUACAGUCGUGAUUGCAAACAAUUUACAUUUGGUUGUAUAAUUAAGUUUUUUGGGUAGGGGCUAUUGAAUUGUUCUUUUUGACUAACUCAAAGUUAGGGUAAUGGUUAAAUGAAGUCUUUAUUCGUUUUGAUUUCAAUAUUCUCCUUUUUCUAUUGCAGUUUACUUGUAAAAUUUUAUACUCAGUUCUUAGAGUAACAUUUCUUUGCUCUCAGUCUGAUUUUUACUGAAAUAUUUUAGUGAAUUAUCUAAUAACCUAAAUUUAUCAAUUCAUUACAAGCAUGCUUUAUAAUUAUUCAUUUCAAGUUGUUUUGGUGUAUUUACUAUAAUUAAAGUAGAUAAAAUACUUAAACAGUUACUGAUAUUUUUAGUUAUGUAUCUGAGAUUUUUGAAAUACUUUCUUUCCCAAAUUGUUCGGUUCUGCAUAUUACAGUGUAUGUGUAGUCUUGCUUUUUUCAGCAAAAAAAAACAUUAAAUUUAAUUUU